UUCUCCUCUGCCCCAAAAUCCCCAAAUCCAAUCUCUACUUUUGUCACUAACAAGUCUAGAGAGAGAAAGACGAUGACAGUGAGCAUUUGUCGCCAUUAAUAAAGCUCCCACACUCAAUCUUCGCUUUCCAUUUCCCCAAUUUCCUUCUUCUUUCUUCUUCUUCUUCUUUUGUUUCAUUAAAUUCAGUUUACAGGUUUUAUGUGAUCGAUUACCCAUGUCCUAAAACUCGAAUCUUCGUACCUUCGAGCUUAAAUAAUUGAAACCCCUUUUCGAAACAUGUUCUUCGCUUUCCCCAAUUGCUAAUUCACCACAUUUCUACACCGUUUCUUUUCUUCGAAAUUCGAUUUUGGUGGCCGUUUUGUUGCAUCUGAUGUUUAGUUUCGACUCAUCUUAUCAUCAAACACCAAUCAACUCUUCAUCCAGCUCAAUCCCUUCAAAUUUCCUUCACCCCACAUAUUCCUGCUCUUUUUCCCGUUUGAAUUUCAUCAAAUUCCGCCUAAAAAUCUGAUCUUUUUUUCUCGAUUUGAGAAAUGGGAGAUCGAUUAAGGUCAGCCACGUUCGAUGACUUACCAUCGCAUUUGAUUCUCGAAAUCUUGACAUCCGGAGCCCGACUGGGCGGGUCGGAUCUCGUCUGUUUGGAGCUUACUAAUACAACUUUUCGAGGUACCCAUGGAUUGGUCCCUCACAAGUUAAGAUCUUUGGUUGACUUUGCAGCUUUUCAGCUUUCUGGGUCACAUCCGAUAUACGUUUCCUUGAGUUAUAGAGCUCAAGAAGAACUGUUAGCUCGAUGCAGUGGUAACUGGAAGAAGGUUUUGAGAUUCUUGCAAUCAGUCCACCAGUCUUCCGACAUCGUUGAAACCUCUUCAGGGAAUAUGCAAAUCAGAAGCGGAAGGUAUCACACAUUACUGAUCAAAGAUUCAAAAAUCUACUCUUGUGGUUCGAGUUUAUGUGGUGUUCUUGGUCAUGGACCCGAAACAACAAAUUGUGUAGCUUUCACUCCGAUCAAAUUCCCAUAUCCUGUCAAUGUCACCCACGUUUCAGCCUCACAUAAUCAUGCUGCAUUCGUCGCAAAAUCGGGAGAGGUUUUCACAUGUGGUGAUAAUUCAUCGUUUUGUUGUGGGCAUAGUGAUACAAAUCGACCAAUAUUCAAGCCAAGGCUAGUUGAAGCACUAAAGAAUGUUCCAUGUAAGCAGGUUGCUGCUGGGGUUAGUUUCACUGUGUUUCUUACAACAGAAGGUCAAAUCUACACAUGUGGGACCAGUGGACAUGGUCAACUCGGCCAUGGUGACACCCUGGACAGACCCACACCGAAACUGGUCGAACCGGUUGGACCCAUCGGUUCGGUUGUUCAGAUAGCCGCGGGUCCAAGCUACACCCUUGUGGUUACUAACGAUGGAGGUGUUUAUUCGUUUGGGUCUGGUUCGAAUUUCUGUCUUGGCCAUGGUGAACAGCAUAAUGAACUCCGCCCUCGUGUGAUUCAGUCUUUCAGGCGGAAUGGAAUCCAUGUUGUUCGUGUUUCCGCUGGUGAUGAACAUGUGGUCGCACUUGAUUCCAACGGAUUCGUUUACACAUGGGGAAAAGGCUACUGUGGUGCACUUGGACAUGGUGAUGAGAUCGAUAAGACCACUCCCGCCCUCCUAACCAGCCUCAAGAAUCACCUCGCUGUACAGGUGUGUGCAAGCAAGAGGAAAACGUUUGUGUUGAUGGAUAGUGGAUGUUUAUAUGGAUUUGGAUGGAUGGCAUUUGGAAGUUUAGGGUUUCCAGAUAGGGAUGUAUCUGAUAAAGUGUUGAAGCCUAGUAUGCUUUAUAGUUUAAAAGAUCAUCAUAUAUGUCAGGUGAGUACGGGUUUGUAUCACUCGGUUGUGGUUACGAAUCGAGGUCGGAUAUUUGGAUUUGGGGACAAUGAGAGAGCACAACUUGGGCAUGAUGAAUUGCGGGGUUGUCUCCACCCGACUGAAAUCUUGGUUGAAGAAUAACUGAAAAUGGUGGAUUUUAGAUAGUUAUUGGGUUUGUUUAUGUUUGAUGUUAUUGUAAUAAAACCAAUUGUUAUAAUUAAAAAUUUGUAUAAGACUAAAUGCUAGGUAGAUUUUUCCUCUAUCACCUAUAUCGGAU